AUGGAGCACAAUUUUCCGGCGGCGGCCAAAAAGCUCUGGCACGCCGUCCGCGUCGCCUAUUUCGUGCUCCGGAAAAACGUGUCCCGGCCGAAACUGCUCGCAGAUCUGAGCGCCGCGAUGAAGCGCGGAAAAAUCGCCGGAAAAUCAGCCGCGCACAACCUCGCUUUCCACCGCGGGGAGGAAGGCAUCGACCGCCAGAUCCCGCGGGGAGAGUACGAGUUCAGCUGCAGCGAGACGCCGGCGCACCGCGCGCUCCGGCUGACGUUUCGAAUGAGCAAGCGGAAGCGGUCGCCGUCGCCGCCGCGGGCGGAGGAGGGGCCGAGCGAGGAGGAGAUUUUAGCGGCGGCGGCGGAGGAGAUCUUCGGAGCGGCGGCGGCGUCGCCGGAUCUGCCGGGAUUCGGGGGGACGGCGGCGGUGAGGCAGCUGAGGGUGACGGACUCGCCGUUUCCGGUGGUGGAUGCGGGGGAGGACUGCGGUAGGGUGGACGAGGCGGCGGAGAGGUUCAUCAUGAAGUUCUAUAGGGACUUGAAGCGGCAAAAUAAUUUGGCGGGUUGA